CAGAGGUUACGAUGCUGCGGAGGGAAUCAGACUCCCACGACCCAUUUUUGUCAGGAGAGAUGUUAGCAGAUGACUGUGUGGUGGGGGCGAGCUGUGUAGUGGUGGACGUAUCGUGUCUUUGCCAGGCCGGUCCCUGUACACUUUACCCAGAAGCACAUACGCCGCCCACACCGGGCAUGCCUCUGUGUGAACACUGUGGAAAGAACAGAGGAAAGAUGGUGACCAGGUAUUCUGAGGGAUAUGGGACAGAGGAGGAGUGUUUGUUAUCUGACCCUCAGGGCGAGAGUGAUGCUGAUGCUGAUAUAGAGGAUACAGACGGCAGGCUCCAUGAGUCAGGCUCUCUCCAGCGAAUCAGCUCACGCCGGCGAAAGCGGCCGCGGGUGGCACGGCAGGACACAACGGAGAGUGAAGAUGACGGCGGGAAAAAUCACAAGCCUCAACGCUGGAACCUUAGACUCAGUCCUGACCGGGCUCACAGCAGGACCAUACUGGAGGAGAGCAUAUCCCAGGUCAGACCUCUGAUCAUCUGCAGGCCAAACGUGGAAGGACAGAAGACUUCAGUGGAUGUGCCUGGAAGUUCAAAAUCGACCUCCCCCUGGUCAUCAACCUGCUCUCUUCCUCUUUUUCUGCUCUUCCUCUCCCUUCCACUCAUCUUCUUCCUCUUCUUCCUGAUUCUUUCUUUUCUUCUACCAGAGAUCAUUAUGUGAUAACUGUUCCAUUCCUAUAAUAAAAGGACAAAAUAAUAAUAAUAAUAAUUACAGUAACCCUAGUCUAGGGUAUGUUAGGUCAGGAAAUUGAGGCAAUAAAAGCCAGCCAGGAUCCUAUUAAUAAUGUCACUUUACCAGAAUGACAAAUAUUAGUGUUUGAUCAUGUGUUCUAAUGCACUUAAUUCUAAAGGAUCAAACCAAACCACGUGUGAUAUCAGUCUCUGGUCUUUAGCUGCCUCACUGGUCUGACCAAGGUACUGGUUUCCCAAGAUGUUGUUUCUUAAGAUGUUCCCACAGUGUUCUUAAUAAAACCAGCACUUCUCCUUUAGUUCUCUGUUAGUGUCAGUUUCCUGUUAGGUUACAAUGUCAGACUUGUAGUUUGGAGCUGAGCUCCUAAAGAACAGUGCAGGAAAGACGAUGCUAGCAUCUACUGCGGGAUGUCCUCUGUUUGUGGAAGUUGUGCUCUACAAGUCUAAAAUAUUUUGUUUUGCUGGGAUCACUAAAACAUUUGCACGACGGCUCCAUGGUCAUCGAUGUGAUGUGUUUUUCUUUUCCUUAUUUUUGGUGUGCACAAAAUGUCAGGCUAGCUGUUAAAGCACUGGAUGUGUGUCAGCAAACAAACACAAACACACUCAAAACAAUGGUGAACUACUAUUACAUGAACCGCUACCUUUGAUAUGUUGCUCCCAUGUGGAGUACAUGUAGAAUUGGAAGUAAAAAAAAAAGAAAGACGUGAAACUUAACCCACAGUUGAUGCUGCUGAUCUAUGCAACUCUCCUGCUUCUGCUGCAGCAUCUUUACACACACUGUCACCUCUGGUGGCUCCACUACUUUACUGACACAACACCUGUGGUUAGAAUGAAGCACGACCCCAUUUAACAAGCAAUAGGAAAAAAGACAGAAAUAAAACAGAACCUGUGGUAUUCGUAAUCUGAAUGUUUACGCAAUUAGGUGAGCGCUACUGCAUGUAAGAUAUUUAACAUUGUUACGUUUUAGACAUUUAGGCUUCCAUCUAAUGUGCAACGACAUAACAGUACAAAUGAUGAUGCAAGCAUAAUAUAAUUUUUUUUUCCUUUUCUCAAUUUGUGAGGCUUAAAUUGAAAAAAAAUUCUAUUGCCAUCUGUAACACAGACGCUGCCCAAAUGUAGACAUGUCUAUGAGCCAGUGGUUUCAUCACACAAACCUCACAUGUACUCAGUGUGACCUCUGCAGCUUCAUGCACUGCUAGAUCUUUAUGUUAUUGUCCGUGUUCAUGUACAACUUAUCCAACAGGAUCAAAUCUGACAAUCAGUCACACUGCACAUUUUUAGGCUGGAAUGUUCCUAAAAAUCCAUCCCGCUGUGACCUCUCUGUACUGUAUAAUGGAACCUGAUGUCUGUUUCUGAACGUUUUAGUUUGAAUUUAUUACUGUCAAAGUCUUAAAAGUUCAAUAAAACCAGAAUGUUUUUUGUGUGAAAAGGCUCAACUUGUUAUUUUUCAAACAUUUACAAAACAGACGUUAAGAACUGUUAAAACAACUAACUAGCAACAUAAGCUAUUGCAAACUUUCUAUUUGGAUCAGUGUUCAACUUGGAGUCCAGUUAAAUAAAAUAAUGAUUUCACAAUACUUUUUUGUAAGAUCAGAAAUUGUAAUAAAUGAUGUCAGUACUGCAGCCUGAAUAUGCUGAGUAUGCACAGGACAUUUGUGUGUAUGUUAUGUGAACUGACCUUAAACUCAGACAAUACACCAAUGUCAAAGUUUAAGGUGCCUCUAGCCAAAGGUUAUUGUCAUGAAUCUGUCAUCUAUUUCUAUUAGCGUCAUUCAACGACAGAACAUAUUUGCAAAUGCUUGUUGUCAGCUGCCCUGAAGCUAUUUUCCAAGCCAAGGUUACAGCGUGACCGGGCUGUUUGCUUUGUCUGUUGACACAAAAGCCGACACUUACAUCGGUUGUUGUUUCAGUAUGUUACAGUACGUGGACCCUCGGCUUCCUGUUAACUGCCUUUUUGCCUCCUGAACACUUGACCCAGAUACCACAGCGUUUGGCUGUGGAGGAGCAACGUGAUCACACUGUUGACCCCCCAGGUAUUUAAUACUGAUCCUCAAGUCAUAUGGCUGUGAAUGGAGACACCUGCCAAGGCCUCCUGAGAGGUGCAUGGACUGGCGUCGCAUGGCUGGAUUAUUUUCUUGUUUAUUACUUUAGGGGUGAACUGUAGUUAUACUUUAUUUAGUCAACCAGAGGUUUAUGCCACUGAGGCCCUGGACAUUUAGCUUAACAUUAGCAUUCUCACCUUCCACCUCACCAGUUUCAGUGAACUUCUGAGGAAAAUAAUCUCAGCUCUAAAUGAAAGAGAUCUGGUGUAACACGCCUGAGUAGUUGGAGUUAGCACUUUUUCUUCUUUUAAAGUUUUAAAAUCUUUUUUCACGAUUCAGAAUAUCCUUUCUCAAAUGUAUGACUUUAUAAAAUCUAUAAAUUUAAAUAUAGAUAUAUUGAUAUAUUGAAAGUGCCGCCCUAUAACUUAGAGACUUAACUGGGAUAGACACAUUUUGCAAAGCAUGCUGGUCCGUGGGUGGGAGUAGGGGCUCACUUUAUAUGAUGUAACGGUUUAAUUAUUUUGUUUAUGUCUGAUAUACGUGUAGCUGAUUACAACAUGAACAGAGAAACAGUCCUGAAAGCAUCACUUUAUGCCCCAUAAUCAGAGUUGCACAAAUUUAAAAAAGCUUUGCUGCAAAUGUUUGGUCGGAUUUGAGGCUGACACUGUAAAUGUCUAAAUUUGAUACAGUAGCCCUUUAAUACAUCAUGAUUUGAUGUAUGAGGAAUUAUGAGCACUCCUGAGCUUUCACAUGAGGAGAGAAGCAGAGAAGGAGAAGGGGAGGAAGGCAGGGGGGAGGUAGGUAGAGGUGGAGACAACAAACAAACAGACAACACAGCUGGGGUCUGCAGACGGAAUAAGAAGCUGCGUCGCUGAACUGUGCCUUUGUCCCUCUGCUCCUUUCUGUUGAUGCAGAAUUAAAGUAAGUGAGAUUAAAUCACCUUAUCAACAACGAGGUGUCAAUGCGUCAAAGUCAUCA